AUGAUUCAAAAGAAAAGUCUGUGGGAGCUGAUUGCGCCUGUCGAAGAGAGAAUUGAAGAUGUGCAACAGUUUGUCGACGACGUCUCCGAUAAUAUGAAAUGCGACCUUUUCCCCCUGGACGAUCCAUUCGGGAAAUCAAUCACGGUUCCUUCUCUACAGGCAAUUAUUGUGAGUGCAGAGACGGUCAAGGGAGGAGAAGCUGUCAACACAAAGAGAAAGGAGAACGGUCUCUCGCCGGUGGAUAUUGACAAGAUCGAGCUGCUUGAUGCGGAGGAUGAGGUGUUGAAUGAAGUGAAGAUCAGCUCUUCGACGAGACGACGAGAAGCACUCGGUUCUCUCCUUCGUCCACCCACUAGGCCGCCAACCCCAGGCCGUCCAUAUGUGAUUGGAUUGACGGGAGGGAUCGCCUCGGGGAAGAGCAACAUUGCCAAGUAUCUCGCCGAACAGCCCGAUUUUUUGGUGAUCGACUGUGAUGGUUUGGCGCAUGAUGCCUAUUCACCGGGAAGUAUUCUCAGUCAACGAAUUCGAGAAGCAUUUGAUGGUGUCGUCGAUUCUACGGGGCUCGUCGACAGGAAAAAACUCGGCGCUAUCGUCUUUCAGAAUCCGGAGCGAAGACUGGAGCUGAAUGGAAUUGUCUGGCCGGCAUUGAUGCAACUCGUUCAAGCACAAAUCGACGCCACUGAUCGCCAGUUUGUCGUCGUUGAGGCAGCGGCCCUGGUGGAAGCGGGUUGGGACAAGGAGAUGAACGAGCUGUGGACGGUGAUUGUACCAAGGGCGGAAGCUGUUCGGAGAGUUUGUCACAGGGAUAAUGCCACCGCUGAACAGGCCGAAGCGCGUCUAAAUGCCCAAAUCGACAACAAGAGCCGUGUUGAUGCCUCGAAUGUUGUCUUUUGUUCGUUAUGGGCUUAUGAGGAGACGCGUCGUCAAGUCGAACGGGCUCUCAACCAAUUGCGUCUUCGUCUCAAACAA